GAGGUCAACAUGGGCAACCUGGGCUAUAAACACGUGUUCAUUACGCUGUGCAUUGUACAGCUCCUCACUCCCAAUGAAGGGCGCCCCCUAAGGAAAAGGACGGUGAGUGAGGUGCAGCUCAUGCACGACCUCGGGGAGCUCAAGCAGGUGCAGGAGCGCCGGCAGUGGCUCCGGAUGCGGCUCCAGGGCAUCCACGGCGGGGGGGAAGCCGGCCCAACGAGGAGGAGACUGCCCGACCUGAGCGCCAUGACGCCGGAGGAGAUCCAGAUGGCGUUGGACUUAUUAGAGCAGCUCCUCAAGUCAAAGCAGUCGUGA